AGGGGCGGGGCAGGACCCGUCUCUGAUUGGCUGAGGUCCCUGGCGUCGUGGUGGAACGCGACUGGGCGGCCCGAGUGCAGGCCGGACCGCCGUAGAGGUGGACCGAGUGCUUCCGUGUGUGUGUUCUAGGAAGUCACCUUUGUGUGUCCGCAUGGCCUCGUUGGUGGCAUAUGAUGAUUCUGACUCAGAGACUGAGACAGAGCCUGCUAGAACUGUGAACCCUGAAGGUCAGAUGGAUGAUGCCUAUGAUGUGACCAGACCUUCUGGAACGGGUUUUGUAUCUGGUACAGUGGAUAUGACAAAAGAGGGGGUACAACACACAGGGCACAGUCCUUAUAAAGACCCGGGGGACCAACGUCUGCCACUGGCUCGGAUCUGGAGAAGUCACCCAGGAUCUUGUCCCAGCCAGAGGCUCCAGUGGCCCUCAAAGGACCCUGAUACCACCUUCUCCACCAGUGAGCUUCCUCGUCCUUUGUGGAUGAGCCGAGCUCCAGCCAGCCACGUGCCCUUGGCAGCUGCCUGCUUAAAGCCAGUAAAACCUGCUUGGGAUGCCCUCCAUUCACCUUCUCAGACUCAAAGCAAAGUUGAAAGCACUGCUAGAAAUGCCAGCUCUUUUCAGAGGAAAAGGGGUGAGGACUGUGUGGUUCCCUAUACUCCCAAGAGACUGAGGCAGCUGCAGGCACUGAAUCCAGAAGCUGGUGGGGGCAAAGAUCUAGAGCCUCCAGGACCCCCUGCAGGGUGUGCCCCAGCACCCCUCUGUGUGGCUCCCACUGUGUCUGAGUUCAUCCAGCCAUAUUUGAACAGUCAGUACAGAGAGACUAAGGUCCCCAAGAAAGUGCUCUUCCACCUGCGAGGCCACAGGGGCCCUGUCAACAGUAUUCAGUGGUGUCCAGUCUUUUGUAAAAGCCACAUGCUUCUCUCUACUUCCAUGGAUAAAACUUUCAAGGUGUGGAAUGCUGUGGACUCGGGGCACUGCCUGCAGACCUACUCUGUGCACAGUGAGGCGGUACGGGCUGCGCGGUGGUCUCCCUGUGGCCGGCGCAUUCUCAGUGGCGGCUUCGACUUUGCCCUGCACCUAACAGACCUCGAAACAGGGACCCAAGUAUUUAGUGGUCGGAGUGACUUCAGAAUCACCACCUUGAAAUUUCAUCCAAAAGAUCACAACGUCUUUUUAUGUGGCGGCUUCAGCUCUGAAAUCAAAGCUUGGGACAUGAGGACUGGCAAGGUGGUGAAAGGCUAUAAGGCAACCAUCCAGCAGACGCUGGACAUCCUCUUCCUCCAAGAAGGGUCUGAGUUCCUGAGCAGCACUGACGCAUCCACUCGAGACUCAGCUGACCGAACCAUUAUUGCCUGGGAUUUCCGGACUGCUGCCAAAAUAUCGAACCAAAUUUUCCAUGAGAGGUACACCUGCCCCAGCCUGGCCUUGCAUCCGAGGGAGCCGGUCUUCCUGGCACAAACCAAUGGCAACUACCUGGCUCUCUUCUCCUCUGUGUGGCCCUACCGGAUGAGCAGACGGCGGCGCUAUGAAGGGCACAAGGUGGAAGGCUACGCUGUGGGCUGCGAGUGCUCCCCAUGUGGUGACCUGCUGGUAACAGGCAGCGCCGAUGGCCGGAUUCUGAUGUUCAGCUUCCGCACUGCCAGCCGGGCGUGUACGAUACAAGGGCAUGCUCAGGCCUGCCUUGGCACCACCUACCACCCCGUGCUACCUUCUGUCCUUGGCACCUGCUCCUGGGGAGGAGACAUCAAGAUCUGGCACUAACUGGCAACUGAGACCCUGCCCCUGGGUUGGUGACUCUGAAGUUGGCUGCAGGGGCUGCCCCCACACUGGGUCUCAGUGACUUGUCUGUAAAAGGGGGGUGAGAAGUAUCUCAGGAUGUAAGGGCUGCUUAGUAAAGGCAUUUGCCAAAUGGCUGGUGGUGCCCAA